CUAAAUUGGCCGUUGUUUGUGGCCCUGUGAUGGAUAGCGUUUUUUUCUCUAGUUUCUUACCAGAUUGAUUCACGUGCUGCAGUAUGAGGCUCCUGUCAAUGCUCGCUCGUGUUACUUCCCCUGCCUGUUUUUUACAACCUAUCGCAUCUUCACAUGUCUACCCCUACGCUCAGUUAUUUAUUCAUCUCUGCUCAAGUCACAUUACUGCACCAGCUGCCUGUGUGAAACCACCUAACGUACGAAAGCUGUUUCCUGGAGUCUUUUUUAUGUUAAUAUUGUCAAGAAGACAAUGAAUAGGACAAGUUGUCCUCGUGUCAGCUUUGAAUUUACGAGCAAAUUCCUGCCUCCUGUUUUAAUCUUAGUAUUCAUUGUUGGCCUGGUUGCUAAUGGAUGGGGGUUGAAGUCAUUGCUACACAACUGGAGGAAACUGGGGAACGUCAAUGUGUUUGUUCUCAACCUUGGACUCGCAGAUGUUUUGUAUCUGCUCACACUUCCAUUUUUGAUGGUUUACUACUUUCGAAGGAGUGAAUGGAUCUUUGGAGCUACAUUCUGCAAGAUGACAAGAUUCUGCUUCAACCUGAAUUUAUAUGGCACCAUUGGAUUCCUUACUUGCAUUAGUGUGUACCGGUACUUGGCUAUUGUUCAUCCAAUGAAAGUGUUAGGAAGAGUAACUGUCAAGCAUUCAGUCACUGUUUCAGUCCUGGUUUGGCUGUUGGUGGGUGUUCAAAGUCUUCCAGACAUGUUCUACCCAAAGUCUGGAAACAAUGCUUGGAAGUGCUAUGAGACCACCCAUGAUGACUUUGUCGAAGACUAUCUGAAAUACAGCCUUGGGUGGACAUUGACUGGCUUUUGUAUCCCAUUCCUGAUCACACUGGGCUGUUAUGGACAUGUAAUCGUCAUACUCUGCUCUAAAAAUACCACUGACAAUAUACUGAGAGAAAAAUGCUUGAAGUUGUUGUUUAUUUUGAUCCUUCUGUUCUCAAUUUGUUACAUUCCCUAUCAUUUAUUCAAGAACCUAAAUCUGUGGUCAAGAGUUCUGCUAAAACAGAGGAUCUGCCAUGAAUGGUCUAAUGGAGUCUACAUUGCUCAUCAGAUAAGUCGGGGCCUUGUGUGUCUGAACAGUGCUCUCAAUCCUCUGAUUUACCUGCAUGGAAGUAAAGAUAUUGGCACACAGCUCGUACAGCUGCUGCAGCGAGCUCGUCGAGCUUUCAGGCUGCUGUCAGUCACUUCUGCUCAAUCUGUCAGGACGUAAUUGUCAUGUAAACUUUACAACAUAUCUGACUGUAGAAGAUCAUAGUUUAUAUCCCUCACAUUGCCAAUAACAUGCUCAUAAAAUUGCCUCAAUCAGUUCUUGAUGUGUGCCUGUAAAGCCUUACAGAGUGUAACAAGACCACAUUUGUGGUUGUGUUGUUAAUGCAGGAAGUUCACUGAGCUUUCAAUUACAGUAUGCAGAUUGUGUAAGUUUCACUUUAAGUUUUCAACGGUUUGUAGUUGUAAAUAAACCUUUUCCCCCCGAA